UUUAAAUUAUCAAAUUACAUCUCGUUUCAAGAGUUUUAUAAGUUAAAUUUAAACCAUUUACAACAGAUCAUAACACCCAAAGUAUAAAAAAGCGGUCUGUGUGAUAGCACACUGCUUGCAUGACAUUCAGCGCCCAAGUUACGAGUGAUCGAAAAUAGGUUUGUUGAAUAGAUUUGCUGCCCACGGAAACAUUUCAACGAUUUUGAUUGAAUCUAUGUGUAUUUACUCUUGGGUGGUAAUACAUUAUUAUAAUCUUGUUAAUUAUUAAAAAAUAAUAAUGAUGUCCGAUAUUGAGCGAUUUCAAUUUGAGUAUUGUUAUGACUGUUUAGAGAUCUUUUAUCCUUUGGAAAUGUUUAAAGUCAAUUACCCUGAAGUUGUUUUUUUCACUAAUGAAAGAGCAUGGACACUGAAACCUACAUGGACGUAACCGGAAUUUCUUUCAAGAUAUACAUUCCAAACUGGCAUUGGUAUGGUAACAUGAUCCGUGACACAGUCUGCAUCUGAACUAAUCACGACCACUUCCAUCAAUUUUGUUUUGAUGUCAAAAACACUGCCAAUUUCAUCGGGAUUUUUUAUCGCCUCCUUUGAAGAAUGACUGAAGCACUUGCAAGUGAGUGUCAUGACAACAGAUGCCAGAGAGAGCCAGCCCUGCAGCCAUGGCAACGGGCUUGAAGUCAGUGAUGUGUCAGAGACAGCAGAAAAUGACGGAGGCCCUAAGUUUGUUCCACAGCUCUAUGUACAGAGAUACAGCUUCGUCCGUAAUGUCCUGCAUCAGCAUCAAGUGACUAGUGUUGUAGAUAUUGGCUGUGGAGAAUGUGGAAUAGCAACUCUACUGAAGACAGUUACCUCUGUGGAGAGCAUCACCCUGGUGGACAUGGACAAGCGGAUCCUGGAAGCCAAAAAGCUCUGUAUCAAGCCCCUGAUAUAUGACUACCUACACAGGAGGGAGAAGCCCCUGUGUAUCAGGAUAUUCCACGGGGAUGCCACAGUGCUGGACUCCAGACUGCAGGGCUGUCAGGCUGUCACCAUGGUAGAAUUUAUUGAGCACCUAGUACCGUCUGACCUUGAAAAGGUCGUAGAACGUGUAUUUGGUGACCUUGGACCACAUCUGAUUGUCAUGACAACUCCAAAUGCAGACUUCAAUAUACUGUUUCCAAAUUUUACUGGUUUCCGACACUGGGAUCACAAGUUUGAAUGGUCAAGGAAAGAGUUUCAGAGAUGGUGUGAAGAUAUCUGUGAUAAGUACCUCUACAGUGUGUCAUAUGAUGGUGUUGGCACCCCCCCUGAGAGCUCUGCCCAUGUCGGCCACUGUUCCCAGGCCGCCAUCUUCACCAGGACACAGCAGGCACGCAGUGCGCACCCAGCCGGUACUCCCUGCUACACCCUGAUUGCUCAAUGUGAUUAUCCCUACAAGGAGAACAAGUCCACUGUUGAGGACAGACUGGCAUUGGAAGUACAGUACCACAUUCGUCAGCUGACCCUGAACGCUGAGCUUGAUGAGGAUGAAGGUCACUCUGUGAUAGCUGUGGAGAAGUUGUUCUCUUUUCGGCCAAUCAAAAAUAUCUGUGAUAUUGACAAGCUCAGGUCCUAUCUCCGUUCCUGUUACACCCUCAGCGAUGAUGGGAAGAAUGUGUUUGUGCCUCAUGACGACAGUGAGGGUGACCUUGACAGGUCAUGGGGGGAGGAACAGGGAGGGGAUUCACACGAUGUUGUCACGGUAUUGAAAGAAACAGAGGAAACCUGGGACUAAUGUACUAAGCAAGUCCUGGAUGUUUAUUGAAUUCCAAGAUUGUCUUUCAUCAUGUUCAUGAAACUGUUUACAGCCUUUUGCCACUGUAAUAUUUUUUACAAGUCUUACAACUUUAGCCAUAUAAACAUUAUGGGGUCAUUAAGGUGGUUAAAGCAUUCGUUUGUCACCGAAGUGUUGUGUUUCAUUCCCAUUAACAGUGUGAAGCCUUGUCUGGUGUUCUGUGUCAUGAUAUUGCUGGAAUAUUGCUAAAAGCAACAUAAAUUCCUACUCACUCUGGUUUGAAAUUGAAAUGAGCCAAGGCCAAGUGUUUCUCCGUUGUCCAUAUGUCUGUUAACUUUUGUGGAUGACAGUGAUUAUGAGUUAUUUACUUAAAGGGACAGUACGGCGACGAUUGUGUGUGUUUUUAAAUAUGCAUGAAAUAAUUUCCAUGUGUGACGUUAAAUGCCUAAUUCAAUUCUCAAACCCAAAUGAUAUAUCUCCGAAAAGUGAACAACACAGUGGACUGGCUUCAGUCUUGUUUCAUAAUAGAGGCAUGUUGAAGAGAAAGCUUGUGUGUUUGCCAGCUUGAUUAAAUUAGAAGCCAGUGUUUGCCAAAGCCUAGAUUACAUUAUAGAUAUGCCUCGAUCAUAUGAAGCCAAUCACUCUCCUACCCAGGGUUCCUUGCAGCCAGCCGAUUACCUCUGUCACAUUGUCACAUGUUGCACAGUCCAUUCAUGUGUGUUUCAUCUGUUUCAGACAGGUCUACACUGUACACAUUUAGACAAACAUGUCAUCAAAUGUAUAACUUUUAUUGAGAUAAUAUCCUAAAACGUGAAAAACUAUUUCCAUUUACAUAUUUAUGCUCCACACCAUCGAAGCCAUACAGGGAGCUAGCAAUACGGUCAUUUUUAUGUGCAAAGCUAUAUUGUUAUUCACCUCACUGUCUCAGCUGUAGUAGUGUGUCUAUGUAAUUAUGCAAAACAAUAUUAGGCUUGCAUUAGGCCUGUACAUUCUUAUUUCAUAAUAAGUGCGUUUGUUUAUAAACUAGAGAAAAGUCCUUUCACGUGAUAAGCUUACACCGGCGUUGUGGUAACUGAAGCAGAAAGGGAAUAAGGAGAGGAGAGAUGAGUAAGCUCGGGGGGGUUUGGCUAUUGUUUGGAAACAAAGCUUCAGAACAGUCAACGUCCUGUCCCUUUAAGAAACAUAUACAUUGCAAAGGGAGUAUUUUGUCCCUGCUGUCUCAUCAAUCUUGUUAUUUCUUAUUUCUUUGGUUUAUAAUUCAAAGAUCUCUUUUUCCUUCAAUAAGUUAUCGGAACAUUAUGCAAUGUGUGCAGUGUUAGUUAGUUUUGUCUUAACAUUUAACCUUUUGUAACCUGCUGUCUUGCAGUUAAACUAAUGUGCUAAUUAUCUUUGUAAUGAUCAUUCAAGUUUAUAAUCAGCAAAACAAAAACAUGGUGCUUUUUAGAUUAUUUUUUUCAUAUUUGUAAGGUCAAUUUGUGAUUUUUAUGUUUAGCCUAGAAACAAAUGGUGUCAAGGCCUGUAUGUUCUAAAAAUAGUCUUAGGAAACUAGUAACGAGGGCUAUUGUUGGUCAAAACUAGACUUUGGAAAUUAAGCCUAUCAUUUCGGUGAACUAGCAGUUAAAAGCCAUGUUAUAUACAUGUAUCACAAAAGCCGGGCUUUAGUUUUAUUCCAAUGUUGAUUUUUUAAAAUGUUACCAAGACCAAUGUAACUUUACUGACAUGUUUCCCUUCAACUUGUUAUUGUUAUGUUGUUUUACUGGAGUACUCUCGUAGAAUUUGUUUGAUUCUUUG